GUUGUGCAGCACCUCGACUCGCCCCGAGCAGCCGUCGGGACCCCCCUGGAGGCGCACGGAGACCCCCGGGGGGGACGGGGACACACCUGGGACAGGGAAAGGGAACAGGCCACACCUGUGCCCACCUCAGCCCCUGCUGGGACCUCAGCUGUGCCCAGGUGUGCACUCCCGACAUGAGGCUCCUUUACCUGAAGAGCCACCUGGGGCUGCUCCUCUACCUGUCCCUGAGCGGUCCCACCCUGGCCCCGCCCUCACCUGUCCCGCUGCGCCUGGCGGGCGGCCCUGGGCGCUGCGCGGGGCGCGUGGAGGUGCUUUACCUGCACAGGUGGGGGACGCUCUGCGGCCACACCUGGGGCCUGGCCGAGGCUCAGGUGGUCUGUCGCCAGGUGGGCUGUGGCCCCGCCCUGUCGGCACCAGGCGGGGCCCACUUCGGGCAGGGGGAGGGGCCAGUGUGGCUGGACCGGGUCACCUGCACAGGCACUGAGGGCCACCUGGGCGAGUGCCAGGUGGGGCCCUGGGGAGAGGCCAGCUGUGAGCACGGCGCUGACGUGGGCGUGGUGUGUGCAGGUGCGGAGGCGGCGUCGCAGCUCCAGGUGCGCCUGGCCAACGGCUCCAGCGCCUGCGCGGGGCGUGUGGAGCUGUUCCGCGAGCACAAGUGGGGAACCGUCUGCGACGACACCUGGGACCUGCAGGACGCGCAGGUGAUCUGCCGCCAACUGGGCUGCGGCCACGCCCUCGCCGCGCCCGGCCACGCCCACUUUGGCCGGGGGGCGGAUCCCAUCUGGCUGGACGGCGCCCACUGCACAGGUAGGGAGCAGGAGCUGGUGCAGUGCCAGCUGCACACCUGGGGUGAGCACGACUGCAACCACGGCGAGGACGCGGGCGUGGUGUGCACAGGUCCCAGCCCCCUGCAGGUGCGGCUGCGGGAUGGCCCCGGGCCCUGUGCGGGGCAGGUGCAGGUGCUGCACAACCACACCUGGCUGGGUGUGUGCGGCCGCACCUGGAGCCUGCUGGAGGCACAGGUGGUGUGCAAGGAGUUGGGCUGUGGCCCCGCCCUCAGCGCACCUGUCGGCGCUCACCUGGCCCCGGGGGCGGCGCUGGAGGGUCUCACCUGUCGGGGCUCUGAGAUGCUGCUCCUGGAGUGCCUGAGGGAGGGGGCGGGGCCAGGCACCUGCCACGCAGGUGGGGCUGCCCGAGUGGCCUGCGAGGAGCUGGAAGACCUGCUGGGCUCCUGUUCGGUGCUGGAGGGGCUGCUGGGGGUGGUGGUGGGGCUCUGCGGGGUCCUCCUGGGGCUCUACCUGUGGGCUAGGUGUGCCGGGCGGGGCCGGCGCUUCACAGACAAGCCCCUGCUCCAGAUGCCAGAGGAAGCCGGGACCUCACUUGAGCCAUAGGAGACCCCCCCAGAAUCACCUGGGACCAGCCCAAAAUAUCUUGGGAUCCCCCAAAAAUACCUGGGACCCCCCUAAAUCACCUGGGACCCCCCCCCAAAUGACCUGGGACCUCCACAUACCAAAAAAUACCUGUGACCUGUUCUAGGGGUCUGUUGGUCUUUACUGGGGGAUACUGGGGCUGUAGUGGAAGGAUACUGGGGCCAUACUGGGGGCGUACUGGAGGGGGGCCACUGGGGCCACACUGGGGAUCUGUAACCCCCCCUAAAAUACCUGUGACCCUCUCAAAACACCCAUGACCCCCCUCAAAACAGCUGUAACCCCCUAAAAUACCUGUAACGCCCUUAAAAUAAAACCCAGAAAAACCCGGUAAAAA